AUGGCGCCCACAAACGCUGCGCAUACUCGGUCGCACAGCCUGCUGUUGCUGCAAAAGCUCCUCAACCUGAGAGAUGGAGCAAGCCCUUUCACGCUGCUACUGGACAACCUCGAGCAACCAGCUACGUCCGUUGUCUCAGAAUUCAUCACAAGAGCCAAGCUGUCCAAGACCAAGGUCAUCUUCCUCUCAUUCGCAACCAUCAAGAAGCCGCGCGACGUAGAUGUCGUAGUCAAGGCUACCGGGAAACACUUCAACACAAUACGAAAGGAGAUCCUAUCUCAUUACCCGCCCGUUGACCCUUCAGCCGCAGCCGCUCGCGACCGCAACAUGUCACGUAAGAACGCCCCUCCUCUCACUGCCUACCAGCCACCCCCCUCUAACACACUUUUUACCACAGGCGCCGUCGUUAUCAUAGACUCGCUCAACACGCUCGCUUCCUCCAUCCCGCUGGCGCUCGCCACCUUCCUCUCCAGCGUCAUCACGCCCGCCGUGUCCAUCGUCGGCGUCUACCACACGGACGUGCCCGUGCUGCCGCCGCCAACCCAGCCGCCGCGCAGCGACUACGAGCCCGCGCCGCUCACCGUCCUCUGCCACCUCGCGACGGCGAUCCUGCGGCUAUCCAGCCUGGCGCAGGAGGCCGCGCGCCAGCGCGCGCGUGACAAGGCGCUCGUCGAGCCGGAAUGGGGCAUCGACGAGGGGCGCGAGGGCGUGCUGGUCGGCCUCCGCAGCGGCGCAGAGGAGGAGGGUGGGGUGGUGGUGGCCAUGGAGCUGCGGAGGCGGAGCGGGCGCACCGUCACGGAGACUUUUGUGUUGAUGAGGGAGGGCAGGGGCACGGGGGCGUUGAUGCUGCGGGGUGAUCAUCCGGUCUUUGCUGCACCAGUGGCGGAGGCGGAAGGAGUGGAGGGGGAGACAGGCCCGGAGAGCACGUUUGAUCUCGGGCUAACGGAGAAGCAACGGCGGGACCGUGAGGGCAUCGUUCUCCCGUACUUUGAUGCGCAGACGGAGGUGGGCGGUGGUGAUGGUGGCAGGAUAUUGUACGAGAUGGGCAGGGAGGAUGAUUUCGACGAGGAGGAGGAUGAGAUUUAG